CGGCUGACUUGACUUACCGUACCACACCUUCCUGAUCGAGCGUAGUCGGCAGUGCGAGAAUUUCCCGGACGGAGAAAACAUCUAUCAACCCACGACAUCACUCUCUGCAUAGCGAGGGCGCAUCUAACAUAUUGUGUCUCUUGGUUGCCCAUGAUUUGCUUCGGGUCAUCCGUUUGGCUGUACCGUGUGUUGCAUACGAUUUCUUCACAAUAUUAGCUCUUACGGCAUUGGAGUGGCGUCCGGUCUCCAGCGAGGUGUUACUACUAGGUGAGAACAAUGGGGUCCGCCAAGGACCGUGGAGUGCGGACGAGCCAUGGAGGGCCAAGCACUGCUUCCUCGUCAGACGAAGCUGGACAAUCAACGUCGGCAUCGAUUGCCGAAGAAUCAAUUCGUCGUGAUCUGGAGGACGAGAGCGCUGUCGACGCCGAACUCCGGAAUACGGAAGGAUCAACGUCGAAGCCCGCACUCGGGCAGCACUCUUUGGCAACCGGCCGCCGGGGGAGCUCCAACGUUGCCGCAUCAUCACAAUCACUACUCCCAAUCCCACCAGUAGCGGAGUUGGCUGUACAAGCAGAACGCAGUCCUGAAGCAGUGAUCGAGGAGGAGAGGACUCUGUUGCGGGACAACAAAUUGCUGCCAGAUUCCACCCAGCCAGGCACCGGUGAGGCAACAGAAACGACUGCCUUGCUCAAUGCAUCCAAUACCGAGGCGGGAUAUGGAGCUGAAACUACUGCGGAAGCGAUUGAUAAGGCCUGGGAGGAUGCCGUGCUGUCGGGGCAAAUCCAGACGACAUGGCAACGCGAAGCAAAGGUCGUUGCGUCCUACAGCAGUCGACUCAUGCUCACAUACUUCCUCCAGCAAUCCCUGACACUCACCACCAUCUUCACCGCCGGUCGGCUCGGCAAGAACGAGCUCGCUGCUGUUUCACUGGGCAGCAUGACGGCCGUCAUCACCGGCUACUCCGUCUACUACGGCUUGACCACCUCUCUCGAUACGCUAUGCGCACAAGCGUACGGGCGGGGCAAUAAGAAGUUGGUGGGAUUGUAUAUGCAACGAAUGGUGUACUUUUCGUGGCUAUGCACCAUCCCAAUCGCCGUGGUCUGGUAUGCCUCCCCAUACAUUUUGGCGAAACUCGUUCCGGAGAAGGAGAUUGCCAUGCUCUCGGGACGGUACUUGAGGGUUCUCAUUUUCGGCGCCCCUGCAUUUGCAUGUUUUGAGAGCUCGAAGCGAUAUGUACAGGCACAGGGGCGCUUCAACGCCACGCUCUGUGUGCUGCUCUUCAUCUCACCUCUCAACGUCCUCUUGCAGUACAUCUUCGUUUGGAAACUGGAAUUGGGCUUCAUUGGAAGUCCUCUGGCCGUUGCCAUUGCGCAGAAUCUCAUGCCGCUCGGCAUGUUUACUUACGUUCAACUCGUUGGCGGCAAAGAAUGUUGGCCUGGCUUUUCCCGAAAGGCCUUCAAGAACUGGGGUCCUAUGGUCUCCUUGGCCCUUCCUGGCUUCAUCAUGCUGUUUGCAGAAAUCAUUGCCUUUGAAGUCGUCACACUCGCCGCAGCUCGCAUUUCCGCGACGCAUCUCGCCGCAAACUCCAUCCUUCAGUCUCUCUGCGUCAUCAUGUUCACCAUCCCCUUUCCCGUCAGCAUCGCGGGAGGCACUCGCAUGGCCAAUCUUAUUGGCGCCUCGCUUCCCGAUGCCGCAAGGGUCACGAGCAAUGUCCUCUUCGUCGUGGGAGCCAUCCUGGGAACCUGCAAUGUCAUCAUCCUCUACUCCGGCCGUAGCUACAUCCCAUACCUUUAUACACACGACUCCGACGUCGCCGAGCUGGCUGCUGCGACACUACCGAUCAACGCGGCCUUUCAGCUUUUCGAUGCAAUCGCCGCGCAGUGCAACGGCAUGCUCAGGGGGCUGGGGAAGCAGAAGAUUGGCGGUUACGUUUCUUUGUUCUCGUUCUACGGGCUCGCACUCCCCGUCUCCUUCGGUACCGCGUUCGGCCUUGGAUGGGACCUCACUGGCCUGUGGUGCGGACCGGCAAUCGCGUUGUUUGUGCAGGCCAUAUUGGAAUCCAUCUACGUCUCGAAGACGAGCUUCCAGAAGGCCAGCGAGGCUGCUGCUAGAAGAAGCUCAACAGGAUAGAAAGUAGACAUACAGAUGUAGACAUGCAAAUCUAU